AAAUGUUUCUAUCUUUCGUGGCGACCAGCUGCAGGGAUCGGGAGUCGUAUUUGAAACAGCUACUGUAUCUAGCUCUCAAGAACAAAAAGAAGAACGUGUUGUGAUAAUUGCCCAUAGCCAGCUGAUGUGUAGUUGCAGUCAAGCUGAUUCUUGAUUGUUGGAUAAGCAUUGCUUCAAUUGUCUCUGCUUGUCGGUAUUAUUAAUUUUUAUUUCCUUUUUUUCGCUGAGAAUUUUAUAACUAACGUACGUUUGGCCCAGAAGAAGACUACGAAUACGAAAAUGUCUUCCUCUUGUCGUCCGCCGGAUCCAGCACUCCUGCGCCCGCUGGAAAUUCCGCAGAAGACCCUGCUCGGGCCUGGACCAUCUAACUGUCCACCUAGAGUUCUGGCUGCAUCCGCUCGCCCCGUGCUGGGGCAUUUGCACGGAGAAUUCGUGACAGUGAUGUCCGAUGUGCAGGCUGGUCUGCGCUACGCUUUCCAGACUCAGAAUGAGAUCACGUUCGUUGUGGACGGCUCUGGACAUGCCGGGAUGGAGGUGACACUUGGUAACCUGGUGGAUGUCGGGGAUGUCGUGCUGGUGGCGACGAACGGCUUGUGGGGACAGCGCGCCAGCAACCUGGUGACUAGAUUGGGAGGCGUUCCGAAGCAACUUACCAAGCCCGUCGGCGAAGUUUUUAGUGCGGACGAGGUCGAGACGGCCCUGAAGGCUCACCGUCCCAGCGUGAUGUUCAUCACGCAGGGAGAGUCGUCGGCUGGCACUCUGCAGCCUGUCGAGAGUCUCGGCUCUCUCUGCCGACUGUACAACUGUCUUCUUGUGGUGGAUACGGUGGCAUCUCUAGGAGCCGUGCCUUUCUUCACGGACAGAUGGGGUGUGGACGCCGUGUACACGGGUUCGCAGAAAGUGCUCAAUUGUCCGUCGGGCUUGGCACCAGUAUCGUUCAGUCCCCGGGCAUGGCGGAAAUACUGCGCGAGAAAGAAGCCGCUCGCUUCAUUCUACUUUGACCUCAGAGAGCUGGGCACUUACUGGGCGUUUCCAGGCGGCGGAUCCAGAAAGUAUCAUCACACCGCGUCCAUCAACUCGUACUACGCGCUGCGCGAAGGCCUGUCCAUCGUUGCUGAAGAGGGCCUCGAGACGAUGUGGGAGAGGCAUGCCAGCAAUGCCCAGCGCCUGUGGAGCGGAGUGGAGCGGAUGAACAUGUCCAUGGCGGUCGCCAACAAGCACAAUCGUCUGCCCACCGUGAACGUCAUCACAGUGCCGAAGGGUGUGAGUUGGAAGGCUGUGUCGGACUACGCUAAUAAAGAAUAUCGACUGGAGAUUGCUGGUGGUCUUGGUCCGUCGGCUGGCAAGGUGUGGCGCGUCGGCUUGAUGGGUUACAACUGUACUCGAGACAAUGUGGACCUGGUGCUGCGUGUACUCAAGGAGGCUAUGGAGAAAACCAGUCGAGCCAUUCCGCAGUCACUCCUCUGAUCGUGUUUGAGACUUUGCCUGACUUUGCCUGCGUGUUUUUGGCUGUUUUGUCACCGCUCGCUGCCAUGGCUCACUUGCAUCAUGAUACAUCAUUGCUGAUGUUGCCAGGUCAGACCCGAGCUGGCUCGGAGAGUACUUUUACGUUAUAUCUACUAAUAUCUACCCAAUUUUGUUGCCAAUUUCGAAUAUUUUGAUUAUUGCUUUUGAAGGGUAUGGAGUGGUUGUUCUCUAAACUGGCAAUAUCUGCGUCGCGGAAUAUAAACUGGAUUUUGCAAGUA